GACACGCCGCGCGUGCUGGAGGCAGCUAUGGCGGAUGGUCCGGUGGCGGAGCUGCUGCUGCGGCGGCUGCAGGCGGCCGAUGGCGGCCUGGACAGUGCGGAGCUGGCGGCCGAGCUGGGCGUGGAGCACCAAGCGGUGGUGGGCGCCGUGAAGAGCCUGCAGGCGCUGGGCGAGGUCAUCGAAGCUGAACUUCGCUCCACCAAGCGCUGGGAGCUUACUGCCGAGGGCGAGGAGAUCGCUCGCGAGGGCAGCCACGAGGCCCGAGUGUUUCGCAGCGUCCCUCCCGAGGGCCUGGCCCAGAGCGAGCUCAUGCGACUGCCCAGUGGCAAAGUGGGCUUCAGCAAGGCCAUGUCCAACAAGUGGAUCCGUGUGGACAAGAGUGUGGCCGACGGGCCCCGGGUGUUCCGAGUGGUGGACAGCAUGGAGGACGAGGUGCAGCGGCGGCUCCAGCUGGUCCGGGGCGGACAGGCCGAGAAGCUGGGCGAGAAGGAGAAGAGCGAGCUGAGGAAGAGGAAGCUGCUGACCGAAGUGACCCUAAAGACCUACUGGGUGAGCAAAGGCAGCGCCUUCAGCACCAGCAUCUCCAAGCAGGAGACGGAGCUGAGCCCAGAGAUGAUCUCCAGUGGCUCGUGGCGGGACCGGCCCUUCAAGUCCUAUAACUUCGCGGCCCGCGGUGUCCUCCCUGACAGCGGCCACCUGCACCCCCUGCUCAAGGUCCGCUCCCAGUUCCGCCAGAUCUUCCUGGAGAUGGGGUUCACCGAGAUGCCUACCGACAACUUCAUCGAGAGCUCCUUCUGGAACUUUGAUGCCCUCUUCCAGCCCCAGCAGCACCCAGCACGCGACCAGCACGACACCUUCUUCCUUCGAGAUCCAGCCGAGGCCCUGCAGCUCCCCAUGGACUACGUCCAGCGGGUCAAGCGGACGCACUCUCAGGGUGGCUACGGCUCACAGGGGUACAAGUACAACUGGAAGCUGGACGAGGCCCGGAAAAAUCUGCUGCGCACACACACCACGUCGGCCAGCGCGCGCGCCCUCUACCGCCUUGCCCAGAAGAAGCCCUUCACGCCAGCCAAGUACUUCUCCAUUGACCGUGUAUUCCGGAAUGAGACCCUGGAUGCCACGCACCUGGCUGAGUUCCACCAGAUCGAGGGCGUUGUGGCUGACCACGGCCUCACCCUGGGCCACCUCAUGGGUGUGCUUCGGGAGUUCUUCACCAAGCUGGGUAUCACUCAACUGCGCUUUAAGCCGGCCUACAACCCAUACACGGAGCCCAGCAUGGAGGUGUUCAGCUACCACCAAGGCCUGAAGAAGUGGGUGGAGGUCGGGAACUCCGGGAUCUUUCGCCCUGAGAUGCUUCUGCCCAUGGGGCUUCCUGAGAAUGUGUCAGUCAUUGCCUGGGGCCUCUCGCUGGAGCGCCCAACAAUGAUCAAAUACGGCAUCAACAACAUCCGGGAGCUGGUGGGCCACAAGGUGAACCUGCAGAUGGUAUACGACAGUCCCCUGUGCCGCCUGGAUGCUGAGCCAAGGCCCAGUCAGACACAGGUGGCUGCGUGACAUGGACCGCCCCAGGAGAGCCUCACCUCCACGCUCCCCGAGUCCCUGCUGCUGAGCUCCUCUGCAUCCCGCGCCUGUGACCCCCUCGUAUUUAUGAGGCCUCUGUGAGGCCAGCCCCCGCCUCCCCUUGGUGUCUGCUCUUGCCCACCAUCCCAGGACCAGGAUCCCAGGGGCAGACUAGUGGUGGCAGAUUCCUUCUGUCAUCCUGUGGGCUGUCCACUGAUGAGUAUGAGUCACAGGGAGCCCUGUGGACCAGCUGUUGUCUAAUAAAGUGGGCAGUUGCCC